AUGGACUUUCUUAAGCUCACAAAGGUUCAAAAUGUGCAACUUGAAAAAUCGAAGGAAGUCAUUGAGGGUACGCUACACUUGACAACACACCAAAUGAUUUUUAAAUAUUCAAACGAAAAAGAAGAGUUAUGGAUUUCAUAUCCAAUUAUCCAUACCGUUGAACGUCGUCCGCCAACUUCAGAGCCAAAACUCUGGCCCUUACUAAUAAAGUGUCGUAACUUUAUUUUUGUUACGUUAUCGGUACCAGUAGAACGCGAAGCGAUCGAUGUAUUUGAUACAAUACAAAAAUUAACCUGUAUCAGUUCUAUUAGUCAAGUUUAUGCAUUUUAUUAUACACCCGAGAAAGAAUUCAAAAGCCAAGACGGAUGGAACGUCUAUGAUCCACUAAAAGAAUUUGACCGGAUGGGUAUCUGUACCAUAACAGAAACGUGGAGAUUUUCGCACUUCUGUCCUACUUAUCCAUAUAUUUUGGUCGUUCCCCACAAAAUUAGCGAUAGUCAUCUGAACUAUGCAGCUAAAUUCAGAAGUAAAUGUCGCAUACCAACUUUAAGUUAUCUACACCGCAACAAGGCCUCAAUAACACGGUCCAGCCAACCAAUGGUUGGAAUUCAACAAAAGCGUUCAAUACAAGAUGAAAAACUUAUUCAGGCGAUUUUUGAAUCUCAUCUAAAUAUUUCACCUAAUGGACGGCCUGUAUACGGAUCGACAGCCCAUAAUUUGAUUAUUGACGCACGGCCAACGGCGAACGCAAUGGCUAAUGCAGCAAUGGGGCUUGGAUCAGAAAAUACUGAAUAUUAUAAAAAUUGCGAAAAGAGAUUCAUGGGUAUUGAUAAUAUCCAUGUAAUGAGAGAAAGUUUGGCGAAAGUAGUAGAGGUGUUACAGGCUGCAGAUUCACAAGGAUUACCUAUAAAGAAAUAUCAAUUAGAUAAGUCUAAUUGGCUUAAACAUGUCAGUGUAUUGUUGAGUUCAGCAUAUGUAAUUAUUGAAAAUGUGAAUGUCAAGGCUUCACACGUACUUGUGCAUUGUUCAGACGGAUGGGACCGAACAGCACAAUUAACAUCGAUUUCAGAAUUAUGCUUGGACCCAUAUUAUCGUACUUUUAAUGGAUUUCAAGUAUUAAUUGAAAAAGAGUGGGUGUCAUUUGGGCACAAAUUCAGUGACCGAUCCGGACAUCUAUCGAAUGAACGGUAUUUUAUUAAUGCAUCAAAUACGAAUGCUGCAGGAUCAGCAUUUAGUUCAGUACAAAGCAAAUUUAAACAGUCACAUGUUCGUGAAACAUCGCCAGUAUUUCACCAAUUUCUGGAUUGCGUUUAUCAAUUAUUUCAACAAAAUCCGACACGGUUUGAAUUUAAUGAAAGAUUUUUAGUAGAUUUACAUUAUCAUAGUUACUCGUGUCAAUUUGGUACAUUUUUAUUUAAUAGUGAAAAAGAAAGGCAUGUAUAUAAUGUAAAUAAAAAAACUCACAGUGUAUGGGAUUAUUUUAAUAGUAACAAAGGAGUAUUUUUAAAUCCGUCAUAUUGUGGGGAAAAAGAAGAUCGAGAUCCAAGAGACAUGGGAGUGUUAUAUCCUGACGCGAAAAAUGUUAAAUAUUGGGCAGGGUUAUUUAGGAAGAAAGAUGAAGAAUUAAAUGGGAAUGGAGAUGAAGGAAGUGAUGAAAAAUCAGAAGAAGGAAUGGGAGCGAGAAUAAAGUGGAGAUCAGAUAGUCCAACGGGAUCAUUGAAUGCUAUGACGGAUCCUCUUGGAGCCAUGGGAAUUGGGGACUUAAAUUCCAAUAAUAUUGUGGAAGAUAUAGCAUCGGUUAUGACAAAUAUUUCUUCUCCAUUUGUAAAAUCCAUGGUCGAUUUUGAUGCAGGAUUGGACCCAUGGAAAACGCAUACCGAAACCAAUGGCAUUUUUAAUGGUAACGAUGGUACUAGGGAUUUAACACCUUCAGCGAGAGAAAAAGGAUCGAAUGUAUUUGCAAGUUUAACAGCAGCAGCAUAUUCUAAUGUGGUCGCAAUCGCAAGUAAAAUUAAUUCAGAUUUAGAUGAAAAUAACACAUACAUUAAGAAAAGUAAUAGUAAUGAAAGUAGUAAAGUUGCUACACCUGUAGAAGAAUUAGAAGAAAGUAAAUUUAAUAGCGCACCUAGGGAAAUGAUGUCAUUUGGGACAAAAAAUACUAAAAUAACUGAAGAUAAUAAUUGUAUUACAACUUCAAUUAAUUCUAACGGAAGGCAAUUCCCAUCGUUAUUUUUAUCAAGAGGGGAAAGUAAUCGUAAUUCAUUACCUUCUCUUGGCGUAAGAACAACACCACCUUCUUCACCAUAUUUACGUACCAUUUCGGGAACUAGUACUCCAACUUAUGAGAAACAAAUAUUAAGUCCGAUUACCUUAUCAUCAAAUAAUAAUUAUAAUAGUAAUUCACCAUCACCCAAAAUAAGAUCAAGCAAUUCUGAUUUAGAAAAAUCACUAAUGAUAGCAACGAAUACGAGUAUAAAUUCAAGCGGAUUAGGUUUAGGUUUAAAUUUUGGUGCGAUUAUGAGUUUAGGAGUUGGAAGUAAUACAAAUUCAAAACCCAAUUCACCAUUGCAUACACCUCCAAUACCAAGUUCUCCUGUUCCAAACUCGCAAGAUAAAAUGAAAGAAUUACCGCAUCCACUAUAUAAUGUUGACCUUCUUUCUUCUCCGUGA